AUGAAAUUUUUGGUCUUCGUUGGUUUAUUAUUUUUGGCUACUGCCAAUGGCCGAUUUGUUCAGGAUGAACUAGUGCCAACAAAAUGGAUGGACAGAAUCAUUCCUGAUGAUGGAAAUGAGAGGAUUUUUGGUGGUGAACCAGCUGAAAUUGCUGACUUUCCAUACAUGAUUGCCUACCUUGAUUUAACUCGUGGUGGAUUCCGCUGUGGUUCAUCGGCAAUUGGUCUUCAUUGGGUAUUAACUGCUGCUCACUGCUUGGAAAUCAUGACACCCGUCAAUCAACUUCAACUUCGUGGUGGUUCAACAAUGCGCAAUACUGGAGGUGUUAUUUUCAGCGUUCAGGCUUACUGGAUGCAUCCAAGCUACAAUACACGUCUUGAGUAUGACAUUGGUCUUGUUCGAACUCCCGAUAAUCAUCCAAUUGUUGGCACAAACAUUGCUUUCAUUCCAUUGGCAGGAAUUUGUCCUGACACUCAAGUUUGUUGCGAUGUUUGUGACGGAGUUUCAUUGCUUGUUUCUGGUAAGUUUCGAACACCAGAAGGCUCGACAAAUUCAUUAAACCAACUUACAGCACCAGUCCAUGAAUGGAAUGACUGUAUGAGAAUUUGGAACAGAAAUGGACCAAGUUUUGUCUGUAAGGCUGUUAUUGAUGGACGUGAUACUUGCAGUGGUGAUUCUGGAAGUCCAUUGGUAAUUGGAACAGGAGCAAAUCGAGUUCAAGUCGCUGUUGUCAGCUUUGGAACCUCAGUAUGUGGAUCAGGAUCACCAUCAGUCAACAUUAGAGUUGAGCAUGGACCAGUCAGAAACUGGAUAACAUCUCUCAGUGGAAUCUAA